GAUUUAAACUGGAGGAAAGCACACACGUACAAUAACUCUCUAACCUUGUCCCUUUUUUUUAUCCACACCUUCAAAAUAUCUCCGGUUCUUUGUGUCUAGUGCGACCUUUUGGUGGGUGAAUUUUGCAUAUUCAGACUUCCAAGAUGCUGUGGCAGCCAAAGGGAUGUUGUUGCUUCACACGAAGAACCGGAAGUCUCAUCCUGGCUUCGCUUUCGGUCAUCUGUGGCAUUUUUGGCAUCCUGAACCUCGUCAACAUAUACGCAAAUCAUGACCAGAAUGUGGACAGCGAAGUACUGAAGUUCUGCCGGGAGAACUUGCAAGCCGAGGACAUGGGUGCUUGCAGAGACAGCGCGAAACACAUUGUCAUGUUAGGCGGCGCAACACUGAUGCUGAUCUACGUCAUCCAGGUGAUCAUCAGCUCACUUCUCAUCCACGGCGUCUCAAAGAAUGACCCUUGCCUCAUGGUGCCCUACAUGAUCCUCCGUCUCAUUUACGUCAUCCUGGCCAUCAUAGGCGGUGCCGCUGUCUGCAUAGCACUCAUCGUCGUUGGGGAUUUCAGCGCCAUGUCCAUCGUGGCUGCUAUUGCCUUUGGAUACAUUUACCUGGAGACCUAUUUCCUGCUGGUGGUUCGUGCGCAUUAUCUCCCUUGCACGCUGUCGCAGGGGACGGAGACAGGCCUAAAUGUAGGGAACCGUCCCUGCUAUGGACCUCAGGCCUCGCCUCAAUAA